UUCCGAAUGGAAAACUGGUCAUAGUUUGAAGCCACUGGAGACGACCCCCUGCCUCCAAACUCUCCCACCUCCUCCCCCGUAGACUCACCCAGAGAAUCACUGUUGGUCGUAACCAAGCAGAGUUAGUCCGGGGGGGGGGGGGGAGAGAGCCGGUGCCUUAUGGGAAAUGCGGUUUAUUGGUUGCUUGACUACAACUCCCGAUGAGCCUUUCAAAAUAUAUAUCUCCGCGUGAGGUGAGACUACCGCCUGUGCGCGUCACUUCCCGCAAGAACUAGCACUCCCAUCGUAGCCUUCUAUGUUUAUUAGGUACUAAUGCACGUUGGGGGUUGUAGUCCUACCGUCGGCUUAAGGUCCCGCCUUUUCCUUCUCCGCAGCCUCGGAAACCCCGUGCAAGGAUGUGGUACGUUCUCUUUCCGGUGUUCGCCAUUCCUCGAGGAGGACGUUGGUGUAAGCGACGCCAGCGGCCGCGCCUGGAGCAGCCGCCAUGCAGAUCUUUGUGAAAACCCUAACUGGGAAAACCAUCACCCUCGAGGUUGAACCCUCUGAUACUAUAGAAAAUGUCAAGGCCAAAAUCCAGGAUAAGGAAGGAAUUCCUCCUGAUCAACAACGAUUGAUUUUUGCUGGCAAACAGUUGGAAGAUGGGCGCACUCUGUCUGAUUAUAACAUUCAGAAGGAGUCUACCCUUCACCUUGUGCUGAGACUUCGUGGUGGUGCAAAGAAGAGAAAGAAGAAGUCUUACACCACCCCUAAGAAGAACAAACAUAAGAGAAAGAAGGUGAAGCUUGCUGUCCUUAAAUACUACAAGGUGGAUGAGAAUGGCAAAAUCAGCCGUCUGCGGCGAGAGUGUCCCUCUGAAGAAUGUGGGGCUGGAGUGUUCAUGGCUAGUCAUUUUGACAGACACUAUUGUGGCAAGUGCUGUUUGACAUAUUGCUUCAACAAGCCAGAAGACAAGUAAAUGUGUCUAUUGUAGUAAUAUUGUAAUAAAAAUCUUCAAAUAUUA